UUACAGUACGAGGGAGCGAGUGCGAGGCACUGAGUGGCGGCGCGCCGGCCCCAGCCACUAGUGUUUGUAAGGUCGUAGCCGCAGGCAGCCUCUCGCGGCCUGACGCUCGUUUACCUGUCUAAAAAACAACAUUUUUCAAUCUUUUCUUUGGCGCGAAAAAUUACGAUGUCGGCUACCGAAGAGCUCAGUGGCAUUCUCUCGAGGAGGCAGGAGAUCAAUGAUAAACUCGAAGAGGGUUUGGAGGUUAAGCCGAAAUAUAAAUUCGUAAACGUUUAUACGGAAUUUCAUGAGUUCUCCAGGAAGGAAAUAAAACAAUACGAACAGACCUUCAACAAAUUCGAUGAAGGUCGCGAUGGCUACCUAGACUUGACUGAGGUGAAACGAAUGAUGGAGCGGCUGGGGGCACCACAGACUCAUCUUGGACUCAAAGCUAUGAUAUCAGAAGUUGAUGAAGAUGGAGACAACAAAAUAAGCUUCCGAGAAUUCUUACUCAUUUACAGGAAAGCCCGUGCAGGUGAACUGGAGACAGAUUCCGGCCUCGAGGCGUUCGCGCGCCUCACAGAAAUCAACGUGGACCAAGUCGGCGUAAACGGAGCCAAAACUUUCUUUGAAGCCAAGAUUGAGGAGCUUGCGAAGAGCAACAAAUUCCACAACGAAAUUAUACAAGAACAGGAAGAAAAACGGAGAGAAGCUGAAGAAAAGGCCAUGAGGAGGCAAAGGUUUAAAGAAAAAGCAGCUUUAUUUCAAUAAUGCAAUAUGAUACUUUAUAGUUUAUCUAGUCUUAAGCUGUUACCAUGGCUUUACUGAGGAGGGAAUAUUAUGGAUUUUAUAAAUUGCGAUUAUAUUUUCCUCUCUCACAGGAUUCAUGUUAGUUGACCUCAUUGGGGGUGCUAAAUCAUGUAAAUAAAAAAGUAUAUUACACAUUUGAGAAUGGAAUUGAAAUGAAUGAGGAGUCUGAAGAAUGUUUGAAAUUAUGGGAGUUACUACUUGUUUUCUAUUAGGUACUAAUUAUACUUAGCCCAGAUCUAUAACUAAUGUUACUAGUUAAUCAAUCAACUUGUUUUAUAUAAAUACAAAAUCAUGUACUGUUAAGGCUGAAAGUUUGUUUCUAUUUCAACUGAUUUUUCUGGUUAGUAAGGAAAAUAUAUCAAAAUUACAUUUAUUUACAGUGGCCUAAAGAUAAUGAAGCUCAAAUGUAAACUGCAUGUUGCCUUGUCUAUGUUAUUCUGUUAAUAUUUUAUACUUAGUUAAACGUGAUGAACCAUUAAAUAAGUCACAAAAGAAAUAAAGAAUUAUUAUAUUA